AUGUCCGGAGCUGCUGCUGCAUCUGCUGCUGGUUAUGACAGACAUAUCACUAUCUUUUCUCCCGAAGGUCGUUUAUAUCAAGUAGAAUAUGCCUUUAAAGCUACCAAUCAAACUAACAUAAACUCAUUAGCGGUCAGAGGCAAAGAUUGCACUGUGGUGAUAAGUCAGAAAAAGGUCCCUGACAAACUAUUAGAUCCAUCUACCGUUUCGUAUAUAUUUUGUAUUUCAAGAACGAUUGGUAUGGUGGUAAACGGACCAAUACCGGAUGCAAGAAAUGCGGCCUUAAGGGCCAAGGCUGAGGCUGCAGAAUUCCGUUAUAAAUAUGGUUACGAUAUGCCAUGUGAUGUAUUGGCUAAGAGAAUGGCUAAUCUUUCCCAAAUUUAUACUCAAAGAGCAUACAUGAGACCAUUAGGUGUUAUACUCACAUUUGUUUCCGUAGACGAAGAAUUAGGUCCCUCCAUUUACAAAACCGACCCCGCAGGUUAUUAUGUUGGUUAUAAAGCUACUGCAACAGGGCCAAAACAACAAGAGGUUACAACAAACUUGGAAAACCAUUUCAAAAAGAGUAAAAUUGACCAUAUUAAUGAAGAAUCGUGGGAGAAAGUGGUAGAAUUUGCAAUUACCCAUAUGAUUGAUGCAUUGGGUACUGAGUUCUCAAAGAAUGACUUAGAAGUCGGUGUCGCCAUUAAGGACAAGUUCUUCACCUUGAGUGCUGAGAAUAUUGAAGAAAGGCUAGUAGCAAUCGCUGAACAAGAUUAA